CAGACCCUUCUAGUUCUAGGGUUUUCAAAAUAUCUCUUUUUCCCCCAUACGCCUCUUUUAUCAACUCCCUUUGCUGCGCUUCUCGAGCGAAGCAGGGAAAGAGAACUAGAACGAGAAGCCGAAAAAAAGAAAGAAAAAAGAGAGAAAAUUAAUUUUCGUUAGGGUUUUUUGGUUUUUUUUUUUUCAGAUUUUCUCCCAUUGUUGGUCGAUUAGGAUUUUUGAAAGCAUCUUCCCCUGAUUCGAUUGCAUAUCUGUCUGUUUUCUGUUUUUGAUUUGUGAGAGUUAAAAGUGCUGGAAAUCUGAGAUUUAAUAUGAAGCGGGCAAGGAAAUCGAACAGGGUUUCGUGGGCUCCUGGAUCUAAUCUGUGUCAGGUAAAAUUGUUCUUAUCCGAGGACUACCCUUCAAAAAUUGGCCACAAAUCUCAAGAUCAUCUUCAGGAAAAGACUUCGUCAAUGUUGCCUUCAAGUAAUAAUGAAUGUAUUGAUUUACCACCUGGGUUUGAAGGCAAUCAUUUCCUGAACCAACCAAAGGCUGAAAUCUCUCACAUUUCUCUGAUCAAAUGGGAAUGCUCUCCUUUGUUUGCUUUGAGUCAGCGUUGGUGCGUUGCAGCUGGUGAAGAAAGUCGGGAGAAAGAGGAUCAGAAGCUAAGAGAAAUGAGAGUGCUUGAAGCAGUUUAUCCACGUCUUUCUGCUAUUCCUCCUAACCCUUCUGUUUCUCUUGAGGUUGAGGAGGAAGAUUAUGAUGAUAACCUCACUCCUCUAAUCCCUAUCAUUCCCAUUGAGGAAGAAGAUUCGAUGGAUAUUAAACCUGAAGUGGCAGUCACAAAACUUGCUGACACCCCCACCAAUUUGCAGUCACAAAACCUGCAGCAAUAUAUACCGGCAACACCUCCCAUUAUUUCACAAUGCAAUACCUCCUCUACUACUGCUCCCUCAUCUGCCUGUGGAAAGCCCGUUCCCGGUGUAUCUCCUUGUUUGGAGACAGAUCUAGCUGCAGCAGCUUCUGCUGUCGUAGCAGCCAUCAUGAAGAGUAAUGAGCAAGGAAGCUUGAUUGAUAUGGAUCUACUUCUUAAAAUAUUUAAUGAUCCAAUCAUGAUUGGGAAAUUAAUUAAAGAACAUAGAACUGCAUCCAGCACUGUUAGUGCAUCCCCAAAUACUGUGGGUUUACCCACUUCUGGAUUGAAACCUGCAACUUCAUCAGUUCCAUUGUCUAAACCUACAUCCGAGGCGGUACCUUCUGGGACUACACCCACAAGUACAGUAGGUUUAUUAUUUCCUGCUUCUGGGCCAAAGCAAGCAACUCCAUCAGUUGCAUUGUUUACACCCGCACCUGUUAAGCCAGCAGUUCCGUCUGUUUCCGUGUUGACAUCUACACUUGAUAAGCCAACAAUUCCAUCUGUUUCAGUGUUGACAUCUACAUUUGAUAAGCCAGCAGCAACUCCAUCAGUUCCAUUGUCUAGGCCUGUAGCUGGUAUAUCAGCAGCAACUCACUCAAUUACCCUGCCUAUAACUCCAACUCUAUCCACACCUAUGCCUCAUAUGCACUGGCCUGUCAACAAAAAUAUUUCCCAUAUGUCAAAUGGAAUGCUGCCAUCUUUAAAUACUUCUCUUCAACAAGAUGCAGUUCUGUCAUCUGGGGUAAAGCGAUCAGCAUCGUUGGCUUUUGUUUCCUCUGGUGAAUUGAGCACGGUGGCAUUUCCUUCUGCCACUGUGAACUUGCUUGCCGUUGCAAACCAGGUGCGACCGGCUGCUAGUACAGUGCCUUGUCAAUCAGGUACUGGUACAUCAUUUCCUAAGGAUGCCAACUAUUAUAAGAACCUUAUUAGGCAACAUGGUGCAGAUAAGCAAGAUAAGCAGGACUCACAAAUAGGUAUCCGUCAUAAUAAUUUCCAAGAUUUGAAAUCGGUACAUAACAUCAUUAAACCGGGGGAAGUGAUAUUCAAAACUCAGAAACCUUGCAUAUACUUUAAUAGCUCAAGAGGGUGCCGGAAUGGUUCCAAUUGCCCUUAUAAACAUGAUAUGUCAGUUCAAUGGGGAGCUGGUAACGUCCUUGUGGCCGAAAAUGCAAAAAGAUUGAAACUAGGACCAGAAAUUAAGGGGAGGAUAUAGUCUUUAGCGCCAUAUUCCAGUGUUAAAGACUAUAUCCUCCUGUACAGAGAACUUGUACUGACCAAGGGGGAGAGAGAUAGAAAGUGAGGAGUGGGACACAGUUUUAGAUUUUAUAGGAUGUUUGCAAGUUUUUUUAUUCUUUUUUUUCUUCUGAAAUUGGUGACAGGAUUUUAGAUUAAUAUCGGGCAACUCCUUUACAAGACCUUAAACCUUGGGUGGCUGGUUUGGUAGUUUUUUGAUAGAGUCAUGUUGGCUUUGGAUUGUUUUGGACAAACUGGUGUUUUCAUUUGGUCAUCACCUGCUUUGAUGGCCAAUCCGUAGAAUUGGUUGGGGGAUGGUAGUUAGCCACCCAUAACUUUUUUGAGUAUAAAAGGAAAGAAAUAACAAGAAAUCACAUAAAAACACACACACACACAGGGGCAAAGAAGAAAAUUCUUAUUUAAAAAACUUCAUCUGGGAUUAAUGUUCUUUUUGGAAGUAUGCUGCACAGUAUUAAAAUUUUGUACUAACGAAGGCUGAACAAUUGAAUAACAAAGAAAGGAAGGUAGGUUGGAGCAAGACAAUCCAAUGUUCAAUAUACAAUUAACUGAUUGUAAGUUAAUUUCUGAGUAGUUUAAUAAAUUAUAAUACGAAGAUGAGAAAAUUUGGAAUUAAUGAAACAAUCUUCCUAUACAAAUGUCAACUAUAAGUUUAAGUUUGACUCUGAAUAUUCCUACGAACAAAUAUAACUUUGUACGCGUGACUGGAUCCAUCUGCAUGAAAUAUGAUUGAGUUGAAGUGAAAAUUAAUAAGGAAAAAUGAAAUUAACAGAAGUCUUUUUUACAGUGGCUUAAAUUUUGGGUAGAUCAUAGAUAAAGCAAUAUUUUGUCUUGAUAGUGACUUAAAUUUCUUGUUAAGUCUUUAGAUAUCUCCUCCUGAAUAUGGUUGGAAUGAUAUGCUGAUUGUGACUAUAAUACAGAUAAAAAAUUGCUGCCCACUUCUUUGCAUUUGGAUUUAUGCCAAUCUCCAACUGUAAUUCGAAUAUUCAGUACUAAAUUUUAAAUAAGGAAAUUUGUGAAAGAAAACAAACUGAGAAAACUUCCCAAGCCCAGAACUUAAAAAGAAAACAAGCAAAAAUCUU